AUGUUGAACAUCGUUGAUCUUGGUCUUUCCUCACCACCUCCCUCACCCCCUCACCGUGAAGCUGCCCCAAAAUACAAAAAAAGAACCCUGUCCACGUCAAUGACGACCCACCAAAGCCGCCCCUCCCCUCACGACAGGAUGUGGGCUGGGACAUCUCCCUGCCCACCAGCGCCCACUCGCCCACCAGCGCCCAUUCGCCCACCACUGCCCUCUCGCCCACCAUCACCCUCUCGACCAGGAUGGCAGCAGCAGGCGCAAGAUGACAACAAUGGGGGACAUGAUGACGACAACGGCAAUGGCGAUGAGGGAACGACAACGGCAGCAGCAGCGGCAGCACCCUUCACCCCCACCCUCGCCCCUCGUCCACCUCCCGUCAUCUGCCUCGCCCUGCCCCUCACCCCCCUCGUCUGCCUCUCACCCAUUCGCCCUUGCUCACUCUCACCCUCUCGCCCUCUCGCCCAUUUGCCCAUUUGCCCAUUUGCCCAUUUGCCCAUUUGCCUGUCUUGUCCACCUCUCCCUCUCCCUCUCCCUCUCACUCUCGCCCAUUUGCCCUCUCGCCCCAGCCAUACUGUCAUUAAGCAGUCAGCCUCCCCUGUGCUCAUUGUGUGA